UUAUAUAUUCUCAUUAAUUUCUCUGAUUUCCUUUUCUGUAUGGAGAAUCAUCCAGCGUUUUCUCUUGCUUCUUCUACCACAUUGGGAGCUGCUCCUUCCUCAAACAUGGCUAAUUCUAAUGCCCUAAACGGUGUAUUUUAUAACAGUAAUGUCCCCCAUGGAUUACAGAGGGAAAUAAAUUUCCCUCUAGCACCAGUGAAAGAUCGUUCUCUUAGCAAGAGCGUUGUACCAAUGGAAAAUGAAGCCAAAUCUGGUAAGGAAAAGUGUGCUGAGAAGAAACCCAGAAAACCUAGAAUCGCUUUUCGAACAAGAAGCAAAGUAGAUAUACUGGAUGAUGGCUAUCGCUGGAGAAAAUACGGUCAAAAGGCUGUGAAGAACCAAAAUUUUCCAAGAAGCUAUUAUCGAUGUACUUAUGAAGGGUGUAAUGUUAAGAAACAAGUGCAAAGACAAUCCAUGGACGAAGGCGUUGUGGUGACUACUUACGAGGGAAUGCACGUGCAUCUAGUGGAAAAACUUAGCGACAAUUUCGAACAAAUUCUCAACCAGAUGCAAAUUUAUCCAGCUUUUUGAUGUCUUCAAAGUUUGAUCACUGUUACUAGUGGGUGGUUAAUACAUGAAGGAUAUAUAUAUAACUAGUCUGUAAAUGAGACAA